AUGUCCUCCCUACAAAAGAUGCUUUUUGCUCUCCGGUCGAACCAGGCGACUCGAGAUCCCCCACCACAUCCGAUACUGGCAGAACCUGAGAACCAUGUCGGCACACGUCCUAUGCAAGUUGAGACCGUUGGCGGCACACUGGUAGGACGUCAACACGACUUGAAAGUUGCAAUUCAAGAGGACCAUGACAAUCUCGAAGUUAUGGAAGGCGGAACCUGGUCACAACUCGCGAAUGCACAUCGAGACCUUUCUCCAGGGCCUACUUCGCCGUCUGGACAUGCAAUCGGGCGCAAGAAAUGGACCAACCCUCAAGUCAUUGCUGAUCUCGACAUCCUCUUUGGUGAUGAUGAAGAUACCAUCCACGCAAUCCAGAACAUACAACAGCAACCGAUUUUGCCGCCACGGCUUUGCGGUCGUCAAGUGGUGGAGAAAAAGGAAAGGAUGUGUGCGUGGGAAGCCUACCUCGAAGAUAUCGAGGUUCAAACUGGCUUUCUCCGCAAAUGUCAUCCGGGCCUGUUGGGUCCAAAGCAACGGACACAAGAUAACUUGACCAAACCUUAUCAACACUUCGUUCUUCAACCGAAAACAACUUCGACUUGUCAGCUCUCAUCGAGACACACCGAUCGUUACGGUACAAAAUAUGCUGUUCCCAGCACUGGAGGCCCUAGUUCAGAGAUAUUUCACCUAGCACCAAAAGACGCUAACGCACGUCUAGGCCCAGCGAAAAAGAUGAUAAGGGACGCUGAAGAAGAGAUAUCAACAAAAAAGAAACAGAAACUUUUACCCCUGCUGAAUAGGGUCUGGUCGCCCCGACCUGGCUUUUUUUUUCCACCUUUUGGGGUUAUUGCUGGCGUCUCGCGCACUAAUCCGGUGGUCAUUCCUGGCCCUCACCGUCAUACAGUUUCACUCCGGAAUAGAGCUUGGUGCCACGGGGCAACUCUACGCCUAGUUCUCCUAUUUACCGCACCAGCCAAGGGAUCGUGCCCAACUCCGCGAGGGCAUCCUCGGCAUUCCGGGCAGCAACAUUCAAUCGGCCUCCCAAAACGAUGGAUCCGUCACACUCCCCAGGCUCAUGAGCUGGUGGAAUUUAGGCAGCGCGAACCAACCAAGCAUCAUGCAGAUGGUGGCUGA